AACACCAUAGAUAUAAUAAUAAUCAAGGAUCCCAUCAAUAUCAAAAUAACUCAACUUGAGACUUAUUUCAUUCUUCUCCCUCCUUUCUCUUCUUCAACCUUCACCUCAUUUUUUUUCCAAUAUGGUUACUACAACUUCAUACGUCACAAAUGUUAAAUCCACCGUUCAUUUCUCAUGCAUAUCAAAUCAACACCGUUCCCACUUAAACACCAAGCUCAAGUCCACCACCCUUAGAAUGAGUAUGACUCAAACUCCGUAUUGGGCUUCCUUGCAUGCUGACAUAGAAGCUCAUCUCAAACAAACCAUUACUAUCAAAGAACCCCUCGUGGUUUUUGAGCCCAUGCACCACCUCAUUUUCACAGCUCCAAAAACAACCGUGCCGGCGUUAUGCCUCGCCACAUGUGAGCUCGUCGGAGGUCAACGCCACCAAGCCAUAUCCGCUGCUUCAGCUUUGUUACUAAUGGAAGCAGCCACUUACACCCACGAGCAUCUUCCACUCACAGACAGGCCCAGGCCUAUGAUCAAUCAUGUUUAUGGGCCUAACAUGGAGCUUUUAACUGGUGAUGGAAUUGUCCCGUUUGGAUUUGAAUUGUUAGCUAGAUCGGACGGUGGAGAAAAUUCGGAGAGGAUCUUAAAGGUGAUGGUUGAGAUUUCACGUGCUGUGGGUUCAGGAGGAGGAGUGAUAGAUGCGCAGUACGGGAAGAUUUUGUAUAGUGGAUCCGACGGUGAGGAGAAGUGCCACGUGGAAGAAAUCAGGCAUGUGGUGGAGAAAUAUGAAGGUAGGUUGCAUUCGUGUGGGGCUGUAUGUGGUGGUGUUCUGGGUGGGGGGUGUGAAGAGGAAAUUGAGAGAUUGAGGAAAUUUGGGUACUAUGUUGGAAUCAUUCAAGGAAUGAUAAAAUGGGGAUUCAAGGAAGAUCAUAAAGAAGUUGUUGAAGCAAGAAAUUUGGCAAUCCAGGAACUAAAGUUUUUUAAGGAUAAAGAGGUUGAUGCAAUUAAAACUUUCUUGAAUAUUUAAAUCUCUUGAUUAUAUAUGGAGUAUUAUUCAUGUUAGGAUGUGGAUUAAUAUAUAUAUCUCUAUACUAUAGCAUAUAGAUAAAGUGUGGCUUAACAUUAUUGUGCUGGGCCAUAUAUUCAUUGCAUUGCAUGUGCCCAAGAAAAUGUAGGUGUGGUAUAAGUGUAGUAAGAAGAUAACACAUUGUUUGUGGUGGAACCAUAUAUAUAUAAAUGUACUGUGAAAACGUUGUCAGAUAACACAUGCAUAAAAAAUUGCUUUACAAGGAAA